AUGAUGGUUAAGAAGAUUCUUGUUACUGGUGCAUCGGGUCUUAUAGGCCGCGUAUUAACUGAACAUCUAUCUACAAAUCCUAAUUAUGAUAUUUAUGGCAUCGACAGACAUACUGCAUUAUCAAUACAUUACGAACUUGAAAAUACAACAUCAUCGGAAGAACCAAAACCAUUAUUGUCAAUGAAGGACAGAUUUUUCAUAUGUGACAUUAACGAUAAAGAUAAACUCGCACGCAUUAUUCAAGAUAAUAAAAUUAAUGUCAUAAUUCAUCUGGCAGCAGUUUUAAUAGGAUCAAUUGAACAAUAUGAGCAUGUGAAUUGCCAUGGUACUCAGAUUCUAUUUGAUAUAGCAACUAAGCAAGAUCAUGUUGAAAUGAUAAUAUAUGCGAGUUCAGUCAGGACUGUAUUCGGUUAUUUACAAAAUGAACCCUACUCAUUAUUAGCAAAAAAUAUUAAACCUCAACAAUCAUUAAAAAAGAUCACAAUCAAUGAUCAACCUAACCCAUCAGAUGAUGAUCCUUUAAGUGAAGCAUAUAGCAAGAGUAAAAUAUAUGGAGAAGCAUUAGCUAGACAAUAUUCAUCAGUUGAUGGAAAUAAUGUUAAAUUUAUUUGUGCAAGAUUUGGUUGGAUAAAUACAACUAAUAAUAUAACAUCUCCUUCACACAAUUGGGCUGAUAAAUCAUUGUGGUGUAGUUAUCGAGAUUUAUGUCAAUUUUUUGAUCGUGUAUUAGAAAAUCAAUUGAAACUCAAAAAUUUUCAAAUCUACUUUGUUUCAUCGAAUAACGAUUUUUGUUGGGUUGAUAUGGAAAAUUCUAGAGAAGACUUAAAUUAUAUACCUUUAGAUGGAGCUAAAUGGGAUUCGUAG